AGGAGGAGGGUGAACCUAACCGAGCCGGGGUUGAAGGGUCUUGGGGGCAGCAUCACUUUCGAAAGUUUGUCUCGGUUAUUUCCUGGAGUCUCUAAACCCUCCACUGGCCUGGUUUGUUUACAUUUUGUGGCCCGGGCGUGUAUGCUUCUUUUUUUUUACUAGCCGUUCACGAGACAACGCGCUCCAGCUUGUUGGGCUGGUGUUCAGAGACUCGGUCCGGUGAAUAGAAUGUUACCGAGCCAGGUUGGGUCGGCAUCAUCUGGAAACGGCUCAGCUUCGGGCAGAGGUACCACAGGACACGGUUCGGGCGUUGUCGGGAUUCGUCCCAUUUUGGUCAGAGCAGGGCAAGCUUUACCGGGGCUCAUUGAGAGCGCCGGUUCCGCCGGGCGACUCGGGGAGAGAGACGCCGUCGGGAUGCUGGGGGCUAAUGGUCCAGGGGGUCCGCGUGGUGUGCGACCCGGGAACGGAACCGGAGUGAACCCUACACAGACCGCCAUUCAGAGCAACAUGGUGGGGUUAAACACAGGAGUCGUGCUGCCUCACGGAGCCAGGUUCGACCCGGACAGAGAGAGCGCGCCUCUGUGCAGCGGCUCGGAUAAUGACUCGGACUCCGGAGAUGAUGAUGACCCAGUGGGUUCACUCGGGGACAGCAGGAGAGGGGUGAAGCGGGAGAGAGGGGAGAUGGAGGCUGCAGUCACGGGGCAGGAGGUGGGAAUGCCUCCCGGAGGUUACGGCAUGGUACCCGGAGGGGUCGCAGGGGCAAAGCCAGGGAAGAAGACACGUGGGCGCGUAAAGAUAAAGAUGGAGUUUAUUGACAACAAGUUGAGACGGUACACCACUUUCAGCAAGAGGAAGACGGGCAUCAUGAAAAAGGCAUACGAACUCUCCACCCUGACGGGAACCCAGGUCCUGCUGCUCGUGGCCAGUGAAACGGGUCACGUCUACACUUUUGCCACUCGCAAACUCCAACCCAUGAUCACCAGUGAAACGGGCAAAGCCUUGAUCCAAACAUGUCUCAACUCACCCGAUUCGCCACCGCGCACUGACCCCUCCAUGGACCAGCGCAUGAGUGCCACAGGCUUCGAGGAGACGGACCUCACCUACCAGGUGUCUGAGUCGGAGAGCAUGGGGGACACUAAGGACACGCUGAAGCCGACGUUCACGGUAGCCAGCCUCCCAGGCACUACCAGCAGCGCCCAGUCCACAGUGCCUACCACCUCCACCACCAUGCAGGUGAGCAGCGGGCCGUCGUUUCCCAUCACCAACUACCUGGCCCCCGUCUCGGCCAACAGCAACAUCAGCGCCAACGGCACCGUCCUCAAGACCGCCGGAGGCUCCACGGGGGUCAUGCAGUUGCCCGGCGGCUUCACCUUCAUGCCCGCAGGCACUCCUCUCCCCCCUGGCACCCCCACCAUUCCUCUGAGCCAGCUGCAGCAGCACUCCCUGGCCCUCCAAGGGCAGCAUGGUCAGGCCUUGACCGCCGCCCCGCAGCCACAGCAGGGACAGCAGGCUGUCUUCCGCUUCCCUGCUGCUGUCUCCCUCACAGGAGCAGGUGUUCCCCAGCAGCUCCAGGCUAUCCAGGUCCACCCCAACACCCAGUCCACCUCCAACAGCGACAGCAGCCCUGAAAUGUCCCACACCUCCACAAACUCCACCGCAACGGUGAGUCUCCCAGCAACCAUCGUCACCUCAUCAGUGCCAACAUCUGUGGCGGGUCACAUGAUGUACCCCAGCCCCCACACAGUGAUGUACGCCUCCACACCAGCACUGGCUGACGGGGGUCUGGCUGUGCUCAACGCCUUCUCCCAGGGCACCUCGGCCAUGCAGGUGUCCCACGCACAGGCGCAGGACACAGGUGCUGUCCCUCAGGUGUUCCUCACAGCACCUCCAGGCACGGUGCAGAUCCCCGUCUCAGCGGUGCAGUUACACCCAGUACGGCAAGAUCUGCAUUUUACAAGUGAAACUCUCAUAUUCCCUAUGCAACCAGCAUGCCACGUGACCGCACUAAUGCAUCCUAAUAGCGCACGGGCACACUGAUGCUCAGGGUCCAAACCUGUUGCUGCUUUGUAUGAAUGUGGAUAAUCAGCUGGCGCCUUGUUAUACUUUGUGUUGUGCAGCAAAAUACACAUGCAGUAGACUAAACAAAACACCUCAGUAGCAGUGCAUGGAAAAUCCAAACCCGAAUGUUUUACUGUAUAAACUCAAGUCCAGUCUGAUAAAGGGAUUUACAGUGUACUCGUGGAAAUUAAUUGGAAAUAUCAUGAAAAUUGGCUGAUUGAAUAGGAAAAUGUUUGGUAUACUCUCUUCAUUAAAAU